AAAAUGAACGUAUUACUUGGUAUUAGUAAUGGUCUUAAAUGUAUUCAUCAAAAACAAAUGAUUCAUCGUGAUUUACAUACAGGAAAUAUUUUAUUUUUUGCAAAUGGCAUAAAUUUUGAUAGAAAUAUAUUGUCUAUUUCAGAUAUGGGAUUAUGCGGAAAAAUUGAUAAUAUAGAUGAAACAAAUGUUUAUGGAGUUAUGCCUUAUGUAGCUUCUGAAGUAUUAAGGGGAAAAUCUUAUACUCAAGCAGCAGAUAUAUAUAGUUUUGGUAUGAUUAUGUAUUUUGUAGCAACUGGAAAACAACCUUUUGCUGAUCGUGCUCAUGAUGAAUUUUUAGCAUUAGAAAUAUGUAAAGGAAUUAGACCUGAAAUUAAUGAGCUAGGAGUGCCAAAGAUUUACGUUGAUUUAAUGAAAAAAUGCUGGGAUUUGAAUCCGGGCAAUAGACCAAACUCUAUUGAAAUAUAUGCCCAGUUUGAAGAGAUA